GUCUUUUCCACCUAGAAGAAAUUAAUACAGGUUUGCACCAAAAUAUAAUGGGUUUUUCAUGUGCCAAUGAUCCCCUUUACCAAGUUUCAUGAAAUUCAGGCUGAUAGUUGACAGAAAAAACAAAUGACACUGAAAACAUAAGUCAACCUCACCUUCCACUUGAUGGUCGAAUAAUGUUGUCAUUAAUCAAGUUGUUGCCCAUUCAUACUUUCUGUUAUUUUGUCAGGUAAAUUAAAGCACAAAGAAAUAGAUUAUCAUCGCUUAACCCUUGCCUUCCAGGGGUUUGUGAUGCAAACAUUUGCAGCACCAGUGUUUGCCAAACUGAGGGCUUCACUGAACAUCACAGAGGAAGAAUACAUGAAUUCCCUCUGCUCAGAUGGCUACUAUCUCCAGUUUGUCAGCAACUCCAAGAGCAAGGCAGAUUUCUUUGUCACGAAUGACAAGAGGUUCUUCCUAAAGACCCAGAGCAGGCGCGAGGUCCGGUUCCUGCUGUCCAAUCUGCAGACGUACAUGGAUCACUUGGAGAAAUACCCUCAUUCAUUGCUAGUGAGGUUUCUUGGUAUCCACAGGAUCGUUAUUCCAACUCAUAUGAAGAAAUAUUUCAUUGUGAUGCAGAGUGUGUUUUACCCUGAUGAAAGGAUCAAUAUUAGAUAUGACAUCAAAGGCUGUGAAGUGGGCAGAUGGACUAACCCUGACAAAGAAGGGAAACAAAUAAUAAAAGUGCUGAAGGAUAAUAACUUUGAAGGGCAGUACAUUGAGUUAGGUCAAGAGAAAUCCUGGUUUGCUAAUCAAGUGAAAGCAGACGCUGCCUUUCUUCGUGAGCUUAAUGUGCUGGACUACAGUCUCCUUCUGGCCCAUCAACCUCUGCAUCGGGAUGAGCUUGAAGGGAAACACUCAUUAGCUAACCUUGUUAUUCGCACCACAAAGUCUGUGGACUUGGAUGAACACCCUGCAGCGUCAGACCCCUCCAAAAUUCCAUUAUUGAAAGAGACCUCGGGUGAGGUGACAUUAGAUUCUACAGACUGUGGGUCAGGGCAACUGGAGGCAGCAGCUGAAAGCACUGGUGAAGGGAUCAACCAGCAGUACAGAAGUUGCCCUGUCUCGGACGCCAGGACUGACAUAGAACUGCAAGAAUUCCACGAACAUCAUCGCAGGUUACUGCCCAAUUUCCAAAAUGCAAUUCAUGUGAUAGAUGGGUCACAUUGCCGCUACUUCGUGGGCAUUAUAGACAUUUUUACUGUCUACGGAAUAAAAAAAAGACUAGAGAACCUGUGGAAAAGCCUACGCUACCCAGGUAGGGCUUUUUCCACAGUCAGUCCCACCAAGUACUCACACAGGUUCUGUCAGUGGAUACAGGACCACACUCGGUGACAAAAUGCAGAAAAGCAUUCUUGACUGUAAAGACUUAUGCCUCUUUGUCUCUGUGCCAGCUGCCAGAGACAGUCUGCUGUUUCUGUGGACUCUUUUUCUCUGCAGCAGACAGUUUAUUUUCAAUGUAUACCGUAGUAUCUGACACAUGUAUUACUUAAUAAGUUAGUAGAAUGGAAUCUGUUUUGUUUGUUCUAGUAUCUGAUAUGAAUUGCUUGUUAUAUGUAGUGUCUGUUCUGAUAUGAUUCCUUGUGGGUGUCUUCUGACCACAGAUGGAACCUGAAUUACAUGCGUGACUAAUUUACCCAUAUCAUUGGAAUGUGUGAACUGUUGUUUUUGGGGCACCUAUCUCUAGCUAGAAGAUGGAUGUGUCCUUUGGGAUUUCAGAGCCAAGGGGUUCUGUUCAAGGGUGGUUUUGUUUUUGAGUAAGGGGUCUUCAGACAUGAACCAGAUGUUGUACUUCUAUCCUUUACCAGAAGGUAUAAAAACGACCUGACUUCUUUGUUCGAGGAGGAAUCAAUUGCCGGGCUCCUUCCAGGCAACUUCUGUCUGUACUGAUGCUGUUCUUUCUUUUAAUAAAAAACUUAUA